CACUUCCUUGUUUGACCUCUAGGUUUUAUGGGUAUUAUGACUCAUUCUGUGGUACUCUGUUGAGUCUUAACAUAGCAAUCAAUGGUUCAGUACAGUGUAUUGAUACAUACUGUACCAUAGAUCUGGCAGACGACUGCGAUGAAAUUUCUCUGGACCGCGACCACAGAUUAUUUAUAGCAUGCGUCAUUAGAUGAGCACAGAAAAAAAAGAAGCAACAACAGUGUUUCGCACUCAUACAUAUUUCUCAGCACAUCAAGGUUGUUUAUAUUAUUGUCUGUUUACACGGUGUAUACUGGUUUGGGAUUUAAAAAGGUACCUUUGCCGUUACAUGUAGCCAUUGUUAGUUUGUAUUAGCAACGUGGAAGAAAAGAUUCGGAGCUUCAAAACGAGAGGCCUGCUAGCUACUGUUUGCUUGUUGCAACAAUAACCAGCUACAAGAAACCCUCACGAGUUGGUCUUGUUUGAGCAGAAACGUUUUCCACAAAUUUCAGUGCUCAAUCAUCAUGGCUGAUGACUUUGACAUAGAAGCAAUGCUCGAGGCUCCAUAUCGAAAGACUUGCCUAACGAUAUCUCACCUCUACUUCCAUGAAUUCCAGUGUGAUCUGUCAAAAAAUGAAGGAUGAGAUCAAGCACAGUAGUCCAAAUGGGCACAAGGAACACAGCAAGAAGAAAAAAAAGAGCAGGAGUCGAAGCAGAGACAGGAAGAGGAGCAAAAGCCGGGAUCGCAAGAAGAGCCAUGACCACAAGCGGAGCCGCAGCCACGAGCGAAAGCAGAGCCGCAGCAGGGAGAGGCGCCGGAGCAGAGAGCGCAGCGGCCACUACAGGGAUCACAAGACCACCUUCUCUGGGCCGAAAUUUAAUGGUGGUUCCAGAGGGAAGAUUGGCCCCCCACCUGUCAUCAAGCUAAGCCGAAGACGUUCCAGAAGCCGAAGCCCUUUGAAGAAAGAGAAGAGUCCUGUGAGGCAAGUGUUCCUUGGGGAGAUGACGCAAAAGAGCUCAAUCAGGCAGCCAAUAGACAACCUGACUCCAGAGGAAAGGGACGCUCGCACAGUGUUCUGCAUGCAGCUGGCAGCCAGAAUCCGACCACGUGACCUGGAGGAGUUCUUCUCUGCAGUGGGAAAGGUGAGAGAUGUGCGCAUGAUCUCUGACAGAAAUUCGAGGAGGUCGAAGGGGAUUGCUUACAUCGAGUUUGUGGAGGCCAACUCGGUGCCACUGGCUAUAGGAUUGUCUGGCCAGCGACUUCUGGGGGUGCCAAUAAUUGUUCAGGCCUCACAGGUAAUGGCUGAGAAAAACAGGGCUGCUGCCAUGGCCAACAACCUGCAGAAGGGCAACGCUGGCCCGAUGAGACUCUACGUCGGAUCCUUACACUUUAACAUCACAGAGGAGAUGCUACGAGGAAUAUUUGAGCCCUUUGGAAAGAUUGAGAGUAUUCAGCUCAUGAUGGAUAGUGAGACGGGGAGAUCCAAAGGAUAUGGCUUCAUCACUUUCUCAGACACAGAGUGUGCCAAGAAGGCUUUGGAUCAGUUGAACGGCUUUGAGCUGGCUGGCCGGCCGAUGAAGGUGGGCCAUGUGACUGAGCGCACAGACGCCUCCAACGCCAGCUCCUUCCUGGACAACGACGAGCUGGAGAGGACAGGCAUCGACCUGGGCACUACUGGGCGCCUGCAGCUCAUGGCCAGACUGGCUGAAGGCACGGGACUGCAGAUUCCCCCAGCAGCACAGCAAGCCCUGCAGAUGGGUGGGGCCAUUGCUAUUGGUGCCAUGGCCGCUGUAUCAGCUGCCAUGAAUCCUGCCAUGAAUAUGAACAUGAAUACAGCUAUGAACCUACCCUCACAGCCACUUGCUACACACUGUUUCCAGCUCUCUAACAUGUUCAACCCUCGGUCUGAAGAUAACCCAGGCUGGGAUGUUGACAUUCAGCAUGAUGUCAUUGAGGAAUGCAACAAACAUGGAGGAGUUGUGCACAUAUACGUUGACAAGAAUUCCACUGAAGGCAACGUGUAUGUGAAAUGUCCAUCCGUUCCUGCUGCCAUGGCUGCAGUAAACGCAUUACAUGGUCGAUAUUUUGCAGGUAAAAUGAUCACAGCGGCAUACGUCCCUCUCCCAACAUAUCACAACCUUUUCCCUGACUCUGUGAAGGCUACCCAGCUCCUGAUCCCUCUUACUCACUGAUGAUCUCUCACAGCAAGACACGAAAAACCCAGAUUGGUGGGACACUGUAUAAUAGAUUUUUUUCCCCUUUAAUUUUCUCUCUUUAAAAGUUUGACAUUUUACAGUCUGUGGUCAUUUUUUCAUUCCUGCAAGUUAUGGCAGUAUGUUUUUAUUUUAUGUUAGUAGAUGAAGUAAAAUCUUCUUUUUUUUGGCUUUCCAUAUGCAAAAAAUAAUCAUAGCUUUACUUGCAUAGCCACGUCCAAACAUGUGUUGGGCAUUGAGGGUGGAGUUUCAGCCAGUCUAAGAGUUUAUUGGUUAAUCUGGACAAUUUACCAUUUUAUAUUUUGUGAAGCUUAUUCUUGUUCAUACAUUCUUGUGCUUGAAAGCUUUGAUGGGCAUGUUUUCCCUGAUGAAGUGUACAACUUACAGUUGAAAUCGGAAGUUUACAUACACUUAGAUUGGAGUCAUUAAAACUUGUUUUUCAACCACUCCACAAAUUUCUUGUUAACAAAUGUAAAAAUUAUAGACCUCCACAUGUCUGGUUCAUAUUUGGGAGCAAUUUCCAAACGCCUGAAGGUAACACGUUAAUCUGUACAAACAAUAGUACGCAAGUAUAAACACCAUGGGACCACAUAGCCAUCAUACCGCUCAGGAAGGAGACGCGUUCUGUCUCCUAGAGAUGAACGUACUUUGGUGUGAAAAGUGCACAUCAAUCCCAGAACAACACCAAAGGACCUUGUGAAGAUGCUGGAGGAAACGGGUACAAAAAUAUCCACAGUAAAACGAGUCCUAUAUCGACAUAACAUGAAAGGCUGCUCAGCUAGGAAGAAGCCACUGCUCCAAAACCGCCAUUGAAAAGCCAGACUACGGUUUGCAACUGCACAUGGGGACAAAGAUCAUACAUUUUGGAGAAAUGUCCUCUGGUCUGAUGAAACAAAAAUAGAACUGUUAGACCUUAAUGAGUAUCGUUAUGUUUGGAGGACAAAGGGGGGAGGCUUGCAAGCCGAAGAACACCAUCCCAACUGUGAAGCACGGGUGUGGCAGCAUCAUGUUGUGGGGGUGCUUUGCUACAGGAGGAUCGUGUGCACUUCACAAAAUAGAGGUAGGAAAAGUAUGUGGAUAUAUUGUAGCAACAUCUCAAGACAUCAGUCAGGAAGUUAAUGAUUGGAUGCAAAUGGGUCUUCCAAAUGGACAAUGACCCCAAGCAUACUUCCAAAGUUGUGGCAAAAUGGCUUAAGGACAACAAAGUAUUGGAGUGGCCAUCACAAAGCCCUGAACUCAACCCUAUAGAAAAUUUGUGGGCAGAACUGAAAAAGCGUGUGUGAGCAAGGAGAACUGCAAACCUGACUCUGUGACACCAGCUCUGUCAGGAGUAAUGGGCCAAAAUUCACCCAACUUCUUGUGGGAGGCUACCUGAAACGUUUGACCCGAGUUAAACCAUUUAAAGGCAAUGCUACCAAAUACUAAUUGAGUGUAUGUAAACUUUUCACCCACUGGGAAUGUGAUGAAAGAAAUAAAGCUGAAAUAAAUCAUUCUCUCUACUAUUAUUCUGACAUUGCACAUUCUUAAAAUAAAGUGGUGAUCAUAACUGACCUAAAACAGGGAAUUUUUACUAGAAUUAAAUGUCAGGAAUUGUAUAAACUGAGUUUAAAUGUAUUUGGCUAAGGUGUAUGUAAACUUCCAACUUCAACUGUAGAUACCCAGACAUAAGAAAAGAGGAUGUUGAAUCUUUUUGGAAAUCAAAAAUAAAAUUCAAACAUUGCAGUUUUGUUUAUACAUCAGAAUAUUUUUGGCCAUUGUGGAGAGGUUGGAGUCUGUUUGAUUUAGCUCCAUGAGCUCUGGAAACGUAAUGACUGAUUUCAUUUGUGGUCGUUUAGAGACCAUUUGGUUUUUCAGUAUAUGUUUACUAAUCAAGAUUAGAUUUUAUAAAGACCUUGAUUAAAAUGUAUUUUAGUUACA